AUGCUGGCCAGGAAGAAAUCCUUCACCAGUGCCAUCAUCGGGGCGCUGGUGGCACUCUCCAUCAUCGCCCUGGUUCUCAGCCUGGUCAGGGUUGAAGAUGUGACGCUGCCACCCACGGUCAAGUAUGGGAUGGUGUUUGAUGCGGGCUCAUCCCACACCUCUCUGUUUGUCUACGAGUGGGAUUCAGACAAGGAGAACGACACUGGAGUGGUCAGCCAGACCUUGUCCUGUGAUGUCCAGGGGCAAGGCAUAUCAAGCUACGCCAGCAAUCCCCCUGAAGCUGGCAAUUCCCUAAGGGAGUGCUUGGAUAAAGCCCUGCAGGUUAUUCCUGCUGAGAAGCAGAGGGAUGUCCCAGCUUAUCUUGGAGCAACGGCUGGCAUGAGGCUACUGAGAGAACAGAACAGCUCAGCAACAGAGCAAGUCCUGGCUGAGGUUGCUAAAACCCUGCAGGAGUACCCUGUGGCUUUCAAAGGAGCUCGCAUCCUUACAGGAGAGGAAGAGGGGGCCUAUGGCUGGAUCACUAUCAACUACCUGCUGGACUCCUUCACCAAGUACUCUCCCAAAGCGCACACGUGGCUUCAUCCAGAGGCAGCCAGCAUUUUUGGGGCACUGGAUCUUGGAGGAGCAUCCACUCAAAUCACCUUUAUGCCCGAAGGUUCGGUACUGAGCCAGAAUGAAGCCUCUGAGUUCACCCUGUACGGGUACAGCUACAACAUCUACACUCACAGCUACCUCUGCUACGGGCAGGACGAGAUGCUGAAGCGACUGGCGAAGGAAUUAAUUGUGGAGUCGUCCCCCAGCACACGAGUCCACCACCCCUGCUACCCAAAGGGCUACAAGGAGACCGUGUCGCUGUCCUCCUUCCGCGCCAGCCCCUGCACGGACGGCAGCGACCCGCGCCUGCCCCUGGGCGACAGCACCGUCACCCUGGAGGGCAGGGGCAGCGCCAGCGCCUGCCUGGCAGCGCUCAGGAAGCUCUUCAACUUCUCGGCGUGUGGCCAGAGCCAGGAGUGCGCCUUUGACGGCGUCUCCCAGCCCCCGCUCCGGGGGCAGUUCAUUGCUUUCUCUGCUUUCUACUAUAACUUCAAGUUCCUGAACCUGACGGAGGGGCAGCCGCUGGCCGUGGUCAGAGAGGCCAUCGAGGGGCUCUGCACAAGGAGCUGGGAGGAUCUGUCUUCCAGCUACCCCAAAGAGAAUCCCAAGCGACUGCCAAAAUACUGUGCCAACGCCAACUACAUCCUCACACUCCUCCUCGAUGCCUACAAGUUCAACGAGACCAGCUGGAACAACAUCUUCUUCCAGAUGAAGGCGGGGGGUGCCGAUGUGGGCUGGACGCUGGGGUACAUGCUGAACCUCACCAACAUGGUCCCGGCCGAGGCUCCAGCCAUGCUGAAGGGCCACAGGUUUUCCCUGUGGGCUGCAGCCAUCACCUUCAUCAUCCUCACCCUUGUCUUGGGGCUCACUGCCCUGCUCCUGCAACUGUGGGUGUAGGAGCCUGGCCGUGUUUGGGAGCCCAGCAGGGACAGACUGGGGCUGCAGGGCGGUGCUGGAGUCCCCAUGCUCCUGCCUGUGGAACUGAGCCCAGGGCUGGCUCUGUGCUGCUGAGCAUAGUGACCUCUCCAGCUCCAGAGAACUGGGGUCUGCUUUUCCAUGGGCCUGGCCCCCAACAUGCAGACAGGCACUCUCUGAGGUUUCCAGAGGAGCUUCACUCGCAUGGAGACACAAUGGGAUCAGCCUGCAGAAGCCUCAGCUAAGCCUGUGUGCCUCCUGUCAGUGCUCUGCGUGUUACAGACGUGGCUCCAUCCCACCAGCUGGCCCUGGGGCUCUGGAGGGCCAGCCUGGCCAUGGGACAGUGCCCCAGUGCCGGCCUGGUGGGGCAUGGUGCAGGCACCUGGGGACAGGGUGCUCCAUGGAAUGCCAGCUCUGAGCAUGGUCACCAAGAGCCAGGCGGGUCCCUGCCAGGUCUGCCAGCCUGAGGGAUGCUCUGUGGGACCCCAGCUGGCCCUGUGGAGGGUCUGUGGCUGGGGCUUACGUGGAGAUGGUCUUGGAGAAAGAACACUGAGCACCCACAGUCAGAAGUGUGGUCCAUGCCCCUCCAGAGAGUCCAUCUCAUCAUCUCAUCACUGUUAUGGCAUGCCCUGUCAUCUCGUCAUCACAUCUCACCACCCAUCUCAUCCUCUUCCUUUUCACCCGGAAUAAAGGGAUUGAUGUUCCUCAGUGCUUUCCUGGAGACAGCACUGUCCCACCAGCAGAAGGCCUGGACCCCAUGGGUGUCAGGAUGAGGCUCCAGCAGGCUGUGAGUCCUGCCCUGCACGUGGCUGAGCUGGGUCCUGCCCAUGGCCUUUGCCUUUGGUUCUGCUCAUUUUAGCUGCUCUGUGGAUGAUUCAUGCUGCUGUUGCAUUCCCACAGUGAGGAGCA